CGGGCUGGGGGCCCGGGCCCCUGCCUGCAUGCCAUCCUGGGAGACCCAGGACAUGGGACAUGCCCGUGGGCCUGGCGGGUGAGCUGGGCAGUAAGUGCAGGGCCUGCGGGCCGGCAGGGGAGGCCGCCGGUUAAUCAUUUCCAGGCGGCCUUGAUCCCACCUGCCCCGGCCACUCUGCUCCUAACUUCUGCUGCCCUCACUCCAGCGCGGGAGGAGCCAUGGGGCGCUGGGCCUGGGUCCCCAGACCCUGCCCCCCGCCCGGACUGUCGCUGCUGCUGCUGCUGCUGCUGCUGGCGCCUCUCAGGGCCCAGCCCCAGGCUGGAAGGAACCACACGGAGUCCCGAGAACCUAAUGCCACAGUGACCUCCAGGACCCCCACUAUUCCUGUGACCUCAGUGACCUCCACGACCUCUCCCGCGAGCACUCCAGAGGCAGAGAGUCCCCGUGGUGGGGGGCUCACCUCCCCGCCCAGGGCGGCCCCCUCCGGCAGCAGCCCUGGGGGCCCAGGGAGGUCAGGGUGCGUGCCUGCAACGCAGAGAUCCGCAACCUCGGGGCUGGAGGGGCAGGUCUCUGGUCUGGGCACCCACGUCACCGCACACGUCACCCCCAGGUGUGCCACGACUCACAACUAUGACCGUGACCGGGCCUGGGGCUACUGCGCGCAGGGCUCCACGCCCCGGGAGGGCCCAGCGGCUCUGGAUCCCUGUGCCUCCAGCCCCUGCCUCAACGGGGGCUCCUGCACCAACACCCAGGACCCCGGCUCCCACCACUGCACCUGCCCUGUGGGCUUCACCGGCAAGGACUGUGGCACGGAGAAAUGCUUCGACGAGACCCGCUACGAGUACCUGGAGGAGGGCGACAGCUGGGCCCGCGUGCACCAGGGCCGUGUGGAGCAGUGCCAGUGCGCGGGGGGCCGGGUCCAGUGUGAGGACACACGCCACACAGCUUGCCUGAGCAGCCCGUGCCUGAACGGGGGCACCUGCCACCUGAUUGUGGCCACCGGGACCACCGUCUGCGCCUGUGCCCCGGGCCAGGCCGGGACACUGGCCUGGCCCGAGGCCACCUCACCCGCGGGCAGGGUCCGUCCUGGGGAGGCCUCCUGUCAGGCACACAGGUGCUCCUGGCCCUUCUGCCUGGAGGCUCUUCCCCAGCGAGAAGGGCCAGGCGGGGUCAGGCCCCAGGCCACUGUGUCCAUCACAGAGAGAGCAAGGCUGCUCCGGGCGGGUGGAAGGACCCCCUGCAAGGGGUCCCAUGCCCCUAUCCCCACUUCCCUCGCUGAGGGCAGUGUGACAGCACCCACCGCUCCCCUGCCCCCCAGGAACCCCGACAAGGACGAGCGGCCCUGGUGCUACGUGGUGAAGGAGCACGCGCUCUCCUGGGAGUACUGCCGCCUGGCGGCCUGCGGUGCGCGCUGGCGGGAGGGGGGCUGCCUCUGGGACGCUUGGCCCCCAUGGGUGCAGGGACAGCCAACCUCAGGGCCCAAGGGGAGGCCAGAGCCCUGCUGCCCCCCCCACAGUCCCCCAAAGGAGAGCGUCUCCGUGGUCCUGGGACAGCACUUCUUCAACCUGACGACGGACGUGACACAGGCAUUUCGCAUUGAGAAGUACAUCCCGUACCCCCUGUACUCGGUGUUCAACCCCAGUGACCAUGACCUUGUCCUGAUCCGGCUGAGGAAGAAGGGGGACCGCUGUGCCGUCCGCUCCCAGUUCGUCCAGCCCAUCUGCCUGCCUGAGCCCAGCAGCCCCUUCCCUGCCGGACACAAGUGCCAGAUCGCGGGCUGGGGCCACCAGGACGAGAACGUGAGCGGCUACUCCAGCUCCCUGCGGGAGGCGCUGGUGCCCCUGGUGGCCGACCACAAGUGCAGCAGCCCCGAGGUGUACGGGGCCGACAUCAGCCCCAACAUGCUGUGCGCCGGCUACUUCGACUGCAAGUCUGACGCCUGCCAGGGGGACUCGGGGGGACCCCUGGUCUGUGAGAAGAACGGUGUGGCCUACCUGUACGGCAUCAUCAGCUGGGGCGAUGGCUGCGGGCGGCUCAACAAGCCCGGCGUCUACACCCGAGUGGCCAAUUACGUGAACUGGAUCAACGACCGGAUUCGGCCCCCUAAGCGGCCUGCAGAUUCCCCCUGAGACCCCACCCCCGGACAUGCUGCCUCCUUGCCAUUCCCUGCCGGCUGGCAAUAAAGCUGCUCCCAAAAACACAGCUCGCCCAGCCUGGCCUGCUGCCCCGCCCAGCCUCCCCUCCGAGGCCGACCCAGGCCUGCACACACCUCCCCUGCACGAGCUCCCUCUAACCCUACCCCCCCUCCCCCGGUGUUGAGUGUGGGUCCGUUAAAGAGGUGACUCGCAUGUAUAGAUUGUCGAGGGUCAAGCCAGCUUUGCAUUCCUGAGUGAACUGCUGAGUCAGAGUGUGAGCCAGGCAUCUUCCAUGUGCCCGCCCCAGGCUUGUUCCCAGCCCAGGAGGCUGGUCUCACAGGCUGAUCAGUGAACUCUGUGCCCAGUGGGUUAUGGUGGGGCCUCAGGGAGCCCAGCAGAAGGUCCGAGAAGGAGCAGAGUGAGAUGGAGUAUUGAUGUCCCUGGCUCCCUCCUUUUGGGGUCACCUCGGUGUUACAGGUUGUACCCUAAAACCCGUAUGUUGGCAUCAGGACCUCAGAAUAGGACCGUUUGGAGAGAAGACCUUCACAGAGUGACCAGGUUAGCAUGAGGUCAGGGUGGGCCCUGAUCCAACACAAUGUGUCCUUAUAAGAGAGGGAGAGCAGGGCCAGGCAGACGGAAGGAAGCCGGUGUGACGUGCCACCUGGGGAAGCGGCCAUCUGCAGCCAAGGAUGGGCCUGAGCAGCUCCCCCCCUGUGGACACCUCCAUCCGGGACCUCUGCCCGGAACCGUGAGACGCUGUGUCCGCUGCUUAAGUCCCCAGUCUGUGGUGCUUUGUUACAGUGGCCGAGCACACCGGUACACCCAGACCCCCACCGACGGUCACUUCCCACACACGCACAUGGCUCUGGACAGUUGUGGUGACUCACCCCCCCUCACCCCCUGGUCUGAAGGAGCCAGGGCAGCAGAGCGCCCCGGGCCUCCCCCCCCCCCCCACAAUGACGCCUUGUGAAUAAACCCGUCCGGCUUGUCCUCUGUCGUGCAGCC